AUGAAGAUCGUCCACGUGCCGAUGCAAGACGACGAAACCACCGACCUGUCCCCUCACUGGGAGGCUAUUUUCAAGGUUGAAAGUUAUCGUGAUAACUCAUCCCAAAAAUUUGUUUUCUUCACAUUUUGGAUUUUUAAUUAAAAAAAAUUUUUUCGGUUGUCGCUUUUUGAGGUAAUGGAAACGUAUCAAAACGUUGGAGUUUACUUUUCAAAGCUUGACAAUCAAAAUUUAAGUAUCCCAUAGUUGUUUCUUGUUGGCGUGUUUCAUAUUUUACUUGUGAACUUUAUUAUCUAUGGUCCGACCAAGUAAGACAUGAACAAACUUCCAAAUGAAUUCACAAAAUUCAAAAAAAAAAAUGCUUUUUCUCACUGUGAUUUUCACUUAUCCCAAGUGUGCCUAAAGAGUUAAUCAGAAGACAGCUUUAAUUUUAAGAACCGAAUCUCGAAGCCAGUCCUUAUUUCAGGAAAUCGACGACGCUCGAAAGUCGGCCGGCAGAGCUCUGCUUCUGUGUGCAAUGGGGAUUUCGCGGUCGGCGACCUUUGCCAUUGGUUACGUCAUGACGCAAGAGAAGUGAGGAUUUCGGGAAUAAAAAGUGCAUUGGGAACCUCGAACCAUUUCAACAGGAAAACUUCCUCCUAGAGAUAAAUUUUGUAGACUGUUAAGAAAACUUAAGAACCAAUAUUAACCUGAGUGUUCAGUGAAUAUUGCUCAGCGACAUUAUGGUUAGUAUUACUAACCAUAAUGUCGCUCAGAGCUGUUCUCGGGGCGACCGAGGGCCCACGCGUUUCCUUUAUCCAAAAGGCCGACUUGCGGCGUAUUCGAGGGCGGCCGCGGUCGGCCUUUGGUAAGGGUCAACUCGGUCGACCCGUAGAUACAAAUUUUGUUCUGACUCCCGGUUUUUUGCGAAUUAUGGAAAGCGCAAGUUUUACUGAAAUAAACGUGAAACAAAAAAACAUUUUUCAUCGAGCACAUAAAGAGAAAAACCGAUGAAAUGAGAUAUUAAUCCAAAAAUUCAAUAGUUUCCUAAGUGAACUAGAGUAAACAAAUUAAGUGAACUAGAGUAAACAAAUUAAUAAAAUUUUCAUGGAUCAUAAAUAACUUAAAAGUUCAUUCAAUAUAAAAAACUAAAAUAAAAACAAAAAAUACGGAAAAAAAAAAUCCUCGCGCUCGCUUCGGGGGCCUGAAUGAAAACCGCUUCGCGGGCCGGGGCGCUCAGGGGCGCGUCGCGGUCGGGUCGGGGCGGCCUCGGCCAGGGUCGCCCCGAUCAAAAUUGGCUGCUUACAUAGGCACCCAAAGCAAAUCGAAAAAAGUAAUGCAUAGUCGAAUCCAACACCAUCUGAUAGAGCAGACUAUCUAAAAUCAAAUCAGUUAAGUUUUUCAAAAAUUUUUGAUUUUGAGUCGCCUUAUGAAGCUUUUAGUGACGCGCGAGAAAUGCAAAAAAUCUGGCGUUUUUUGAAUUUUCGGAAAAUACGAAAAAAGAAUCCUCGGCACCAACGGAAAAAAACUAUUAGAUGGUAUUGUCUGUUCAAAUCAUCAAGAGUUUGUAGUCUAACAAUCACAUAAACAAGAGAAUGACAAAUAAUUUCAAAAAUCAUAGAAAAACACAAAGUUCUAUUCUAAAUGUUUAAUUUCGGAUUUCCCAUUUUCAGCCGUAAAACGCUCAUUUUACUUCAGAACGGCGCAAUGUCACACUCACGACACGCUUCGACGCGCAAAAAUAAAAUAAAAAAUUGGCCGUUUUGGUCAUUCGAAAUGCUCGUUAUUUUUUUCGGCACUGCCAGAUAUUAAAAUAUUAAAAAAAAAUUUUUUUCUAAUAAUUUAAAAUUGUAAAGGCAAAAACAUAUCCAAAAAGAAAACGUGAAACGACGGUACUCUUGUGAAAUGUUCCAAAAAACGUAAUUCAUUUUUGCGGACGUUUUUCGUAAACUACAGAUGAAUUGUAGGUACUAGUGAAAUUGAAAAAAAUUUUUUUUGGUCUGUUCCUCUUUUAUGAUUCAAGCCUUCGUUUCUGAUGAUUCCGGGUUUAUAAUCCAUACUAUCUGAUGUUACAGAAGAUCUUUGCACGACGCCUACAAAGUGGUGCAAAUGGGGCGCAAUAUCGUCUGCCCGAACGUCAGCUUUUUCCAGCAGCUCAUCGACCUCGAAGUCAAGGUUUUAUAUUUUGACUUUCCAAACGGAUUUCUCUGGCGCCUGGUUUGGCGACACGGCGGCAGGCCGCUGACGAAGACGAAGCACUACCGCUUUUCUCCCUCUGGGACCAUUUGUUUGGUCGGCGGCCGUCUAAUAGGUCAGAGAUGGGCGGUGGGGUUUGACAAAGCCCUAUACCAACUAUUGAACCUCGAGAAAAGGAACUUGGGAGUUAAGUUGACAAGGUUUCUGGAGAAUUUUAUGACUUGAAAAAUAAUUUUUUCAGAUAAAUCUUUGAAGAAGACUACAAAUGCUCCUCUAAAAAGUAACGCGGGAACUAUUUUUCCAUUACAUAAUUUUUAGACUUUCGAGUUGAUCUUCGAGAAAAAACUUCCAUUUGAGAAAAUCGUAUUUAAUUCUGUCGUUAACUAAUAGAUCAGAUAUAAUGAAGCUUUCAUACGAAAAAUACUCCAACUAGUAUGGUCAUUUCAAAUCUACGACCAAAAAAGUUCUCUCGAGGUUCGCGAGAAAUUUAUCGCCUCAAAUAUAUUUACGGAAAGUUUUCAGUUAGAGACAGGUUCUUUGAUUGGAAAAGAGGAACAAAAAGGGAAUGAAAUUCAAAACGUACUUCAGACGCGUGGAUCUUCGUCAGUGACAAUAAUCGAGCCGAUUCCCGGUGUUAAAGUGGCGGACGUCGUCUGGAACGAACUUUACGAAGAAAUGCUUCAAAGCAUGAGCGAAGCUGACCGUCACUCUAUAGCUUCUCUCAACUUUUCGGUCGGUGAUUCUUCAGAACGGGCGUUUUUCAGUCCUUACAGACGUAAUUUCAGACUCGCAGCUCAAAUGACGUAACUUCGCUGAGGUCACUGAACAUCAUAGAUGAAAUGAGAGCGACGACGACGUUUGUCAAUUUUAAAUUUUCCCUUCUGACUUUCCAUUGAAGGUCACUGGCGAGCUUCCGGCUUUCGGAUAUACCGUCGAUGGGGGCGUCGCCCACUCUUCUUGUACCUCCGCACGGUUCCAGCGCCAGGGGAUCCGCCCCUUUGCAAAGAGCGCGUACUGAACCGCCGGUCAACAACCCUGUCCUGCCAAAAAGUGCGCUACGAGACAAAUCAAAGCCCAACGAGAAGAAAAAGAAGUGGAGGCUCAGCUUCAGCAAAGACGUAACUUGA